AUGCUGGCCCUUGCGUCGUGUUCUGUGGGCUUUGUCUUCCCGUACCUGAGCAAAAAGAACGGGAUCAGGGAGAUCGGGCUGACACUGUCCGGCCAUGCCGACCUGGAAGAUGUCUAUUUUCCUCGGCUAUUUGUCGUCUAUUCUAGCAGUGAUGUGAUGAAGGCCAGCGCGGACAAGGUGGAACAGUUCCGCUUGGGCAAGACCAAGCUGCAGGGUUUCUUCGUGGGACAGGCGGUAGCCUUGUCUGGGGGCACGGUGGACCCGAGCUAA